UAAUCUCUAAAGAACACUGCACCAAAUAUUUCUAGUAAAACCACAGUGGAUAAAAAUAUGUUCUUACAAUUCUAACAUAUCACGAAGCGAACUAUUGCGACAAUCUCAAUUUGAUCUAUUACAAACAUAUAACAUAAAAAUAAAAAAUAAUUUGGCUAGCCAGCUAUAAUGUCAAAUGUUUUUUGGAGCAACCAAACACAAGGAAAUGGAGACAUCACUCAUGAAGACGAGAUGGACAUCUCAGAAAUGGUAAGAUUAGUAAGAGAAACGAUGGGAGAGGAGCCCAAAUUACUAAAGAAAACAGCCGGUAGAGAGUCAUGUUCCAUCUUUCGAGUGCCUCCAAGCAUUAUGAAAAUUCAUCCCGAAGCAUUUCAACCUCAAAUACUCUCCAUUGGUCCGUACUACCAUGGGGAGAAACGCCUCCAUAUGAUUGAAGAACACAAACGCCGAUUCCUUGCUGUUGUUUUAAGUCGAACGCAAGCGUUCGGCGUUGGUCUUGAAGAUUUCUUUAGGGCUAUACAUGGAAAGGUGGAUGAAAUAAAAAACUGUUACUCGGAGGCUAUUCAAUGUAGCAACCGUGAAUUAAUUCAAAUGAUGGUUAUUGACGGAUGUUUUAUCAUGGAGCUCGUCUGCGUCGUUGGAAGAUUAGUGGAAACUCCUGAUAUUUACGAGGCGUUAUUCAAAUUGCCAUGGAUCUUGAAUUUCCUUUCUAGAGAUCUUCUCAGACUAGAGAAUCAAAUCCCUUUUUUUGUUAUUCAAAUUUUGUUUGGCCUUUCAUUCCCUAAUAAUUCCACAACCUUGACAGACCUCGUCAUGGAUUUCUUCGAUUAUUCGAUGCAAAGAACCGACUGGGAUACAUAUAAGAGCUAUAAAGGCAAACAUUUACUGGAUUUGAUUCGCUCCACAUUCAUACCUUCGUUCAAAAGAAAGCGUGAUGAUGAUGAUUUUGAUGCAGCUGAUAACGGGUUUCUUCAACGGAUCCAGCCCGUUGAAAGGCUCCGUGCUGCCGGAAUUAAGCUAAAAAGAAAGAAAGAUGCAGAAAGUUUCUUAGAGGUUACGUUUACACCAAUUAACGGGAUUCUUGAAAUUGCAGCUUUGCAAACAGAUGACUUUAUGAGCUCAUUUUUACUGAAUUGUGUGGCAUUUGAACAAUGUUAUGGGAGUUAUUGCUUAACCCACUUUACCUCAUACGUUAAUUUCAUGGGAUUCCUGAUUAAUUCCAGUUCGGACGCUGGAUACUUAAGAGAUCAAGGGAUCAUUGAGAAUUACUUUGGAACUGAUGAACAGGUUGUCAAAUUCUUCAACAUUGCAGGAAAGGAUCUGUUCUUGGACCUUAAUAAGAGUUAUCUGAAAGAAGUUUUAGAAGAUGUGAAUGAGUACUAUAGGAACGAAUGGCAUGUUCAGUGGGCUCGGUUCAACUACAAUUACUUUCGAACUCCAUGGACAUUCUUAUCAGCUUUAGCUGCUUUCAUCCUCGUCUUUUUUACCAUCGUUCAAUCCUUCAUGUCUGUCUUUGCCUACGUAAAGCCACCUCAUCAGUAAUGCAAAUGCUCAAUUUGUUUGUGUCGAAAUUUUUACUAGUAUUGCUUUACGUGUUUCACACGUGCCUCGUAGUGUGACUCGUCAAAUAAUGAUAAUAAUAUUUAUUAUGAAUUAAGAAAAUUACUUUUAUGAUUAAUUAAUAAUCAUUUCUAUAUAAUUAUAUUUGAACAAAUCUAUGGGUGUAUAAUGCAAUAUAUGUAUCUAAGUAUAUUUAUAUAACCGUUUAUUAGUAUUUAUUUCAGCAA